GCGCCUGCGCGCUAGAAGCUAAGCGGGAACGGAAGCCUUGACAGCUCGAAGUGGGAAGAGGAGCGACGCCGGCGCAUGCGCGGUGGAGAGAGGGCGCUGAGAGGAUUCCCCAGUUGUCGCGCCGCCACUUCCAGCGCCGCCUGGGCCUCCUCCUUCUCGAGAGCCCCGGCCCCUCCUGAGGGGAGGCAGGAGCCGGCGGGACCGGCGGAGGGACCAUGUCCGGGCGCAACUUGAGCAGCAAACUGUCCACGACGGAGCGCAUCGUGAAGGCCGUCCCCUUUCCCCCUACCCAGCGGCUAACCCUGAAAGAAGUAUUUGAGGAUGGGAAGCCCAGGUUGGAGGUCUUAAAAAACCACUUGGUGAAAGAAGGGCGCUUGGAAGAAGAUGCGGCACUUAAGAUCAUCAAUGAUGGCGCUGCCAUUCUGCGGCAUGAAAAGACAAUGAUAGAAGUAGAGGCUCCAAUCACAGUGUGUGGUGACAUUCAUGGGCAGUUCUUUGAUCUGAUGAAGUUGUUUGAAGUUGGAGGAUCACCCAAUAACACUCGCUACCUCUUCCUGGGAGACUACGUGGACAGAGGCUACUUCAGUAUAGAGUGCAUGCUUUAUUUGUGGAGCUUAAAGAUAAACCACCCCAAAACACUGUUCCUGCUCCGAGGGAACCAUGAGUGCAGGCACCUCACAGAAUAUUUCACCUUUAAGCAGGAAUGUCGAAUCAAGUACUCAGAGCGGGUGUAUGAUGCAUGCAUGGAUACCUUUGAUUGUCUUCCUCUCGCUGCCCUUUUGAACCAGCAGUUUUUGUGUGUGCACGGAGGGCUGUCUCCUGAAAUCACAUGUCUAGACGAUAUUAGGAAAUUAGACAGGUUUAAGGAACCUCCGGCUUUUGGUCCAAUGUGUGAUCUGCUAUGGUCUGAUCCAUCAGAGGAUUAUGGCAAUGAGAAGACAUUGGAACACUUUACCCACAAUACUGUUCGAGGUUGCUCUUAUUUCUACAGUUACCCCGCGAUUUGUGAAUUUUUGCAAAACAAUAAUUUAUUAUCUGUGAUUCGAGCACAUGAAGCCCAGGACGCUGGGUACCGAAUGUACAGAAAAAGCCAGACUACAGGUUUUCCAUCCCUAAUCACAAUUUUUUCUGCACCAAAUUAUCUAGAUGUCUAUAACAACAAGGCUGCUGUGCUGAAAUAUGAAAAUAAUGUCAUGAACAUCAGGCAGUUUAAUUGUUCCCCACACCCCUACUGGCUUCCAAAUUUCAUGGAUGUUUUCACAUGGUCUUUGCCUUUUGUAGGGGAAAAGGUUACAGAGAUGCUGGUUAACAUCCUCAACAUCUGCUCCGAUGAUGAGCUUAUUACAGAUGGAGAUGAAACAUUGGAUGAUAACUACAUUUCAAGCUAUCCGAAAGGAGGCACAAAUGCCCGUAAAGAGAUAAUCAGGAAUAAGAUCAGGGCCAUUGGGAAGAUGGCACGAGUCUUUUCCGUUCUUCGGGAAGAGAGCGAGAGUGUGUUGACGCUCAAGGGCCUGACUCCCACAGGUACUUUGCCCCUGGGAGUGCUCUCAGGGGGGAAGCAGACUCUACAGACAGCCACAGUAGAAGCGGUAGAGGCACGGGAAGCCAUCCGUGGAUUUUCACCGCAGCACAAGAUCCGUAGCUUCGAAGAAGCCAGAGGGCUGGACCGCGUGAACGAGCGCAUGCCGCCACGCAAGGAUUCUAAGCACCCCGACGGGCCGGUGAACUUAACUUCAACAAACUCUGCAGAAAAGAAUGGGACAGGGAAGAAGACCCAGUAACGGUUCAAGGCACCCAGUAAAGGAUCCAAAACUUAAUGAAUUUUAUUUAUUUAUUAUGGAAGUGGGGGUUUUGGGUUGGGGGGCGGGAGAGGGAAGGAACCAACUUAGCCUGGAGGCGCAUCCAUAAUCCAGUUUGCAUCCAUUCUGUCAGAGAGGUGACCAUUUUGUAAGUUUUUUAAAUUUUCUGUUCAAUAUAUAAAAAUGUCAUCUUUUUUUGUAUUUAGGAAUGGGUCUAAAUCCUAGUGCUUAUAUAAAAUGUUGUUCUGUACAGAUGGCCCGUCCCUACCAAGAGGGAAAGGAGCCGUGGGGUGGGAUGGGGUGGGUUGAGGGCGGUCCAAGAGGCCCAGGGCAAUUCUGUUGUCUGGUUUAUUUGGAACCAUUUUAAGUUACCCUCCUUGUUUUUAAAGUGGCAUCUUUUAAUUCUCCUCUACCAACUUUUGCUUUUUGUCGUUCCCCGUCCCCCCUUCCUAUUUCUUACUGCGUUUGAUGCUCCAUUAAAGUCAUGUUGCAUAGGGCAAUUGGUAAAGUCUUUCGUUUUGGGAACCCUGUGUCAGGAGCAAACGUUGCAUUUCAGGUCGGUUGUCCAGCUCCAGAAAUGUGGUUGGAACUGUGGGCUGAGAAUCUCCCUGUUUUUCCCUCUGCCCCCUCAACAUAUUCCCAUUGUUUUUUCCCUUCAGGAAUCCAGUUUCAGAAACAAAGUCUCUUGGAAUAACACAUUAGACAGACUUUAUGAAUGCAUGCCUGCGAUCUCCAAUCAUUUGGAAACAUUACUCCUUUGAUUUUAUGUUGAUCGCAUUGUUACCUAAACAUAACCCAAUUUAACCUGCUUCAGCCUCCCACCAGUGGAAUUUGCUUCUGCUUUUCUGACACAAAAGCAAUCUUCCCCAAAUUGUUCUGGAGUCAUGCUUUUUAUGUGGAAAUCUGUAUGAAGCGAAGGAGGUCCUUCAUCUUCUGCCCACAUCCUCCCUUCCUAUACAGUGUUACAAUACCUCCAUAAUGGGAGCCCCAACACAAAAAUAUCCUGCCAUUUGUCUGCAUUGGGGCUUCCUGCAUCCCCAAUUGGAAUUGUGUAGCGUGGGCACUAUAAGGAUUAGGAAGAAGGUACAGUUUCUCUGUGCAGACUUUCCUUCAUCAGUAGAACUGCUUCCUUUGUCUGGAUUGUCCCACUGCAUGACUGCUCUGUGAUAGUAUGGAUAUCCUUCAAGGCAGUGGUUCUCAACCUGUGGGCCCCCAGAUGUUUUGGCCUUCAACUCCCAGAAAUCCUAACAGCUGAUAAUCCGGCUGGGAUUUUUGAAGUUGUGGGCCAAAACACCUGGGGCGCACAGGUUGAGAACCACUGCCUUAAGGGUAGACACAAAGCCCAGAUAGCCUGUGAAAAGGUGCUACAUGAUGGUCUCCGUAGGGCUGAAGAAGCAAAACAUGUCCUAUUAUUGGCUUCUGCAUAAAAUUAAGUUCCCCGGGGCUGAAUAUAAAAGAUUUCUCAGUAAUCUCGAGGGCACUGUCAAGGAGAACCAAGUGGUGAGUUGUCCAAACUUGCGAAACAAUUGGAAAAAAUGCUAUCCAUAUGCAGCCAGAGUUAAUCAUUUUUGACAUGUGGACUUAAUUUCCAUGUUCAGAAUAUAUUCCGUUGGCAUCAGCUUGAGUUUUGAAAGGUCAGGAUCUCUCUACAGGUUGGACUUGGAAAGUUAGCCCACUGCUUAUCUCUUCUUGCCCAGUCUCUUGAAACAAAUGGUUCCUUCAAUGCUGUAUAUGGAAAGGGUGUUUGCAUAUCCCUAAACUCGUGGUUUGUUGUUAUGAUAAAUUGUGUACUUUUAAAAUGACAAGUAAAUAACCAAGUGGCAUUGCAGAGUGGAGGGGAUUGAGAAGAAAUUAUGGUUGGCCAGCAGCCUGAAGUCUUUGUUCUGUGAAGGAUUUUUUAUUCAUGUCCGGUGAGUUGAAGAGCAGGAAGAUAGUCUCAGAAUGUGCCAAAGAACAGUGGCCUAACAUAUGCACUGCCCUCUGAGGAUAAGAUGGUUCAGUUUUAUUUAUUCUGCUUCUGUGCUGUAUUUGACUCAGAUCUCCACGCUGCUCUUGCUCUGGCUUGUUAUUUUGUGGGUUCGGCAAAUGCAAGGAUCAAGGCGGCCCAAAGAAAUGCUUCCUAAUCGUUACGCAGUUACUCUCAUGUUUGAAUUGAGGCUUUACCCUAAUCUACCUUUUGAGAACUAGGAAAUUCCUUGAAGGCGAAGGAUAUACUUGUGUUAAACUUGUACAUUCCUUUGGAGAUAACAGUGCCACGUCUUUUCCAAGUGGUAGUAGAAAUCAUUGAUGUUCAAGGGAGAUCUUGCAUUCCUUCCAAUCUAGCUGUCAUUCAACCUUCAGCUCCACUUUGAGAGCUGCAUAUGCUUCUGAAGUACAUAGGGUGGAAGGGGGGAUUCACACCCAGGUGAUGGGACCUGACUCUUGGCAUUGCCUUUCUCAGGAGGCUCCCAGAAAUGGUAUAGAACUCUUGUUCAGGUGGUUCCAUGUGGCACUUACAUAACAUUCAAGUAAAGAGUCUCCCAAGGGAGCUAAGCCUUACUGACUGUGUAGAUAUACAAGGAAGCCCUACCAUGCAAGUGGAAGUCUCCAUAUACUCCUCAAAGGCAUGACAACAAAGCCAGGAUAAUCCUGUGGGCUAAAUCUCAUCCACAAAAUCCUGGGUCUUGCGUAACAGGUAGUAGAGUCUUCAGCCGUCUCUGGCAGCUUCUUCCCACUUACCACCUUUGAGAAGUGUUGGUUUUUAUAAUGGUGAUUUUUUACCACUCCUGAAUGCAGUCACCACUUUGCGCACAAUCCUCUAGUGGAUUGGGGCCCCUGAAAUGCUUUGUGUUUCCAGAUUAGUUAGAUACUUUUUCCAUCUGUUUGCAAGUCUUUGUUUCCUUUCUGCUUUUUCUCUUCUAGAGUGAAAUGGUGGUUUUAAAAACCAGUGCUAACUUUCAGUCAUGGUGGUUUUGCCCUGUUAGAAUGAGGGCCACUUGGUGUCCCUUAUGGAUGCCCCUCAUUUCCACCCAUUUUUAUGGCUUUGUGGUGAUGAACGAGAGGAAAGGUGUCUAAAAUGGCAGCACAAAAGGGUUUCUUGUCUUGCCAGGGAGACCCUGGUCUCAUAGAGAACCGCUGUUCACUUGAGAUGCCGCUUUGAGGCACAUUUGAGGACGGGGUCCUCCCUCUUUCCUUCAAAGACUACUCUUGAUACCUUGAAAUAAAAGGGGUGUUCCGGGAUCCACAUCAAAAGGCCGUAUAACUCACAGGCACCAGUUGCCAAAGGGAAGGCUGGCAUUGGAGCCUCUUGUUUCCUCUGCACAGCAUGUUGUCUUCGUGGGGAGGCAAAGAGUGAACAUUGGCCUGAUUUGAUGGGGGACUGGAUGCUAAUGAUAUCCCCAGUUAGGGAAUGCUGAUUCCAGAACAUGUUCUCCGUUGGCUUCCUCUCUUUUCACUGAAAGAGUUAAAGUGUGGCAACAGUCUGGAAAGGGAGCAACUGUCUUGCCAGCCACUGAAGCUCCUUUAAGAAACUCCUUUCUUCUCCUUGCAUCCAUAUAUCUUCGGGACGUAUUGAAACCUGCUUUCAGUAUUCAGCACUCACGCUUCCCUCACCUGCUUUUUUUUUAAAAAAAAAAAAAAGGGGGGGGGAGUUGCCAAUCAUGGCCUCCCUUUUCCAGCUUGUACUUGGCACCAUUUCCUCUGAGUUAUCUGGCCAGUCUUGCACAUUUUUAAAAAUUUCUCAACCAGAAUGAUGAAGCUAGUGUUAACCAUGAUGAAGGCUGAGACAAACGUCUGUCUCCACUAUGCUGAAGGACUAUGUCCGGUAUUUGUACAUGAAAAGGUCAGGCUUAAGGAAAGGGACCACAUGGCGACUUAGCUGUUCCUGAUCUCUCUCGACUGUUGUUAAGAGAGAGGUUCUUGUGUUCUGCAGCCAUGAUUUUUGCCAGAAGAUAGCUUUUAAGAAGCCAGCAAUCUGAAAGUAUUAACCCAGCAAUGGCAUGCAAGCCAUGCUGUUCCGCGUUGAAGACGUGUAAAGUAAAAUGGGCUUGAGAGCUGAAACGUUAGACUUCGCUUAUAAGGGCAGAAGGAAUAUAAUAGGGCUGACUGCCAGUGCCAUCCUCUAAAAAUCAGCUGAGAAUCUUUGCAGAGGUGUGACUGCCUGCCUGCUGGGAUCUUGUUUCAGUCCCUCUUCCCACCUGCUCUGCUCCAUUCCCCCUUGUCAUUGUGCGAGUGUGUGUGUGUUUGUUUCAAUUAUAGGGACAAUCUUGAGCAACAAAAGCAGCAAAAGUAAGAGCGUGCGUGUGGCCAAGAAAGAGCCCACCAGUACAUGGACUACCUGUGAACGCUGCCCUCUUAACUGUGAGGUUGCUGAUAAGCAGCCUUUUCUUUUUAUCUUGCAUGACAAAAAGUAAAAAAAACAAAAACAAAAAAGCAAGGUGCAUGUAACAAGGAGGGGAUUCCACAAUGGGUCUUCCAAACUUCAGGAACAAAGGUGCUUUCACCUCCUUGAGGAGAACCUGCCCUGCUGUGAUGCUGCAGCCCACUCGCCUCUCCCCAACGUAUCUCAUAAAGGCCACCCAAUUUCUGCCGCCUGCUUCAGAGCGCUUGCCCAGCAAGGCGGCACCACAUCCCCUGGGAAACGGGCCGAGAGGAGGACGGAGGUUCUCAGUAUUCUGAAGUGACGUUUGCCCAUUGCCUGGAGAUAGCCUCCUUUCUUUCUUCUUUUUUUUUCUUUCCCUCCUUUUAGUUAUGUUUCAAGAAGAAUGGUGGAAAACAAUGUUAUUUAUUGGCAGAAAUUAUUUAAUAUAAUUUCUCUUUUGUGAAAAAGGAAUGAGUUUGUUAGAACUGUCUUAAUGUAAAUUGGGAAGUCAUCUUUAAGAAAAAAAAGUUAAAAAUUAAACAACA